UUGCACGACAGAAGGUGUAUUAAAGAUUUAAUCUAAAUUGCAAGAUGAUGUGUUUUUGAAUACCAAAUUUUUUUAUUCUAUGUCAAACUUCCUUGUGUUUAUACCUUCUAGUUUUCCGUCUGAUAUUUCAAUGACUUCCUGCCACCUAAAUCUGUCUUCCAGCUCUAAAUGUAUGUAUACCCAUAACACAGCGAAACAAAACUAAACAAAACUAAAUCUCUUUAGUUAACAUAUAGGUAUUUAUUAUCACGAUAUAUAAUAUUUAAAAGAAAACCCAGAGGAUUUCAGUCUUGAUGUAACUAUAUGAAAGUUUUAUUGUAAAACAUCAGGUUUGUUGACUAUAGAGAAGUUUUGCGUUGUUUCAAUAUUAUUAGGAUGUUUUUGUGGUUGAAAUAUAUGUACCCUAUCCCUGGACGCCGCUAGUUGUCAUGACGGAUAACAACAAUAGCAAGAGCGCUGCUCCGCCGGCCGGUCCCCCGCCGCCCCCGCCAGCCGACCUCGGCGACUCAAUGGAUAGUCAGCCAGACUUCAGCUUUAAUUUAGAGCUAAGUAGGAACCAACACGAACAAUACGACUUGCAAUUCGACGAAGCAGAUAUUGCUCAGGUCACCCCCGCUGUCACCAUAGUCGUCGAUGAAGUUGUCGGUGAUAAUUUUGAGGAUGAGGUUUGCUUUUUUGUUUAUAAAUUUUGCUACAAAAUACAUAUUAGGCAUGCUUUUAUUUCUUGCAGCGAUUGUUUUUCAAUGUUUCUUUUACUUGGCACUCGCUGCUAGACUUAACAGUGCCAGAUGUUACACGGGAACUGUCUGAAUCUUUGCAACAAAAUGUAAUCAACUUUUCCUUAAUGACAUUUCUAAACGUAACAGCCACCAGCCUACCAAUAGCUUUGAAAUUACUUACAACAUUUGGCACUUGAAUAACUAU